AUGCAGAUAUCUGCACUUUGUGGAUUGGAUUGGCUAUUUUAUGAACACCCCUACCCCUAUAUAAACUUCUGGGGUUCAGUGUAUGCAACACAUUUUGCAAUUCCAUACCUUAAAAAGACCAAAGGAAAGAUCAUAGUGAUUUCCUCUGCUGCCAAAUGGUUUCCAAUGCCAAGACUUGGCCUCUAUAGUGCUACCAAAGCAGCAGUUACAAGCUUUUAUGAGACAUUGAGAGUGGAAAUAGGGAAAGAGGUUGAGAUGAGCAUGACACCAUUGAUGCCAGCCAAAGAGACUGCAAAAGCAAUUCUGAACAAAGCAUGUGAGGGAGCCUUUAUUCCUGAGGUGUUGGAAUCGUCCAACCGGUUGCUGAUAAUGCCUAGAUCAGGCUCCACAGAUAGAGAUACUAUUAGUAAGAAAAUAGUGGAAGUAUUAUAUGGAUUCAGGCCAUGUUUGCAGCCUGGGAUAGUUGAGUAUCCUGAUAUUGGUGAUAAUGGCCACAUGUCUUAUUCACAUUACUAA